UCUCCUUUUUUUUGCCUUGGCUGCUGGCUCUGCUCCAGCAUCCCUUCGUGCCUCUCGUGUGCUCUCCUCCCCCCUUCAGCAUAUGUCUCCCCCUGUGGGGCUUGUUUGCCAGCCUGAUUCCCCGGCUGCAGCUGCUGCUGCUGCUGCUGGAGCAGUGGAGCUGCCUGCUGCGCUUCUACACCACUAUCGCUCUGCCUUGCUUCCCCUCUCUGCCUUUUACCUCACGCUCUCCUUUGCUGGAUAAUCGCUGCCGACUCUGCAAGAGACAGUGACAAAGAGGACGGGAAGGGAGGGACAGAGAGACUGAGAGCCCGCGCUCUUCACUCAACUGCUGCAAUCUUCAGUUUUUCUUUCCCUGUGCUUUCCUGGGCUGCUGGAGUGCAGCGCAGUGAACGACUGGUCAGGAGAGAGCGUGAGGAAUUUAUCCUCCCUUCUUUGCGCUUCCUUCCUCUGUUCAUUUCUGGGACAGAGUGCAGAGGAGGAGAGAAGAGGGAGGGACUGGGCUGCACAGCUCAGUGUCCCACCUUGCUCCAUAAGAAAAACACACACACAAGACACACAUAUUUACAUAGACUGGACUCAGUUCAGGUUGACCAGACUGGCAGACGGGGACAGAAGACACACAGACUGACAGCAACACAGACAGACAGACUUGGUGUCAUGGCGUCAGUGGACAGGACCGGUUCGAGUGUGCCUGGACGGCUGAGAUCAGGGGAUCUACUUCACGCUGGCCUGGCAGUUGCACUGCUGCUCGGUGUAUGGAGUGUCGGUGGACUGGAGGUCUCCACAGGUAAAGUGUCUUCAAUUGAAGCAAUGAAUGGCUCCACAGUCCUGCUGCCCUGCACCUACUCCUCCUGUAUUGGCAUCAAAAACCUCUACUUCAACUGGCACUAUAAUGACAAUGGAACCAUGAUCAAGUUGUGUGAGGCGGUGAUUCCCAUCGAAGGUGUGGAGCCCAGGGUCAAUGUGUACCACGAGCGUGUGGAGUUUGUUGGCUCCUCCAAGAAGAACAACAUCUCCAUCCUGCUGUGGAACAUCACCUUUGAAGAUAAUGGACAGUACAUCUGCUUCGCCAGGAACCCAAAAGAGAAGAACCGCAACCACAGCGCUGUCUUCACACUGACAGUGGUGGACCAAAUGAAGGAAGUUGACAACACUUUGACAGUCAUCAUUGUCUCAGUGCUGGGUGGAGUCAUUGGCUUAGUGAUCAUCGUCAUGGUGAUAAAGGCCUUGGUUGUUCACUUCCUGCUGAAGGAUGAUGAGAAAAAUAAAGAGUGCCUGGUGAGCUCCUCAGGGAAUGACAACACAGAAAAUGGACUUUCAGGAGCCAAAGCCGACAACAAAGGGACACCAAAGGCAUGAGCAAAAUGCAAAGUAUGUCUGUAUGUUUGUAUAUAUGUUAGACAAAUGUACUCGCUGAGAGGAAAUGCUGUUAUCAAUGGACUGUUUUAUCUUACUAGUGGCUAACCAAUACAACAUGUAAAUGUCUAUUUUAAAUCAUGCUUGAGACUUGGGAAGUGUGGAAUGUGCACAGGCCUGGAUCACUCUCUCACUUACAUGGCAGCUCAUUUGUUACACAGUAUACGGCCUCUGUUCAAAUCAAAUUCUGCUCUACAUCUUACUGAAGCCUAACACUUUUACCUGCAGCAGAGCCUCAAGUGGACUCUCUCGGCCUUCACUUGUAGUUUCCAUACCCUUGUUGAGGAUACAGAAAUUACACUUUUUAUGUUUACUUUAACUCUGCUUUAACCACGUGCUACAACAAAUAGUAACUAGGUCCUCAAAUGUAUUAAACAGUGCUCAUUUGAAGACCAAAUUUCAAUUUUCAACUUCAACUCGGUUUACAAGCCACCAGUAUGCUUCAUUCCUGCUUUGGAUUUCAAGAGGCUCUAAUGUAAUCCACAAGUCAAACUUGGACCCAAACAGACCAGUGAGAACACACACUUUGAUGCCAUGAUGCACUGCCGUACUGCCAUAUGAACUGAAGAACAGCACAAAACUGCUGAGAUGCUACUCUCUAACUCCUCACUUGAGGCCUCCUCACCUGCGAGCCCAAAUAGGAGGACCGUUGUUUACAAAUGGAAGCCAAUAUUUUUCAGUCAUAUGAAAUAAAAUUUGUUCUAAUUAAAUCCGGAAAAUAUACAUUUUUAAACGCUUGUUGUAAAAUGACAGGUAGUAAUAAUGUAAUGUAGUACUGAUUAAACAUAUAAAUAAAGCUUACUUGUUUUGUGAGCAGCUAGCAUACCAUUAUGUUGGUUUGUUAAAGGUCUUUAAAGCUAUUUUUCCUGUCCUAUUAGUCUAACCAUCAACCUUAACUACUGCAGUGCUAGCCUGAACCUCAUCUUUCACAUUUACUGUUGGGUCCAGGUUAGACACACCGUUGGGGUGUUUGGUUCAUUAAUGCCGAGGGCAGAUUUUGCUGAGACUCACAACUUGGCUGUCUUAGGUGACUGAAGGAUCCAUUUCUGCACAGGUUUUAUUGUUCCGCUUUAGAUGAAACACAGGUGCCUGUUCUGCUUCUGCUCCCUCUGCUGGUGGGAGGAUAAAAACACAGAAAAUUUAUUUAAAAAAAAAAAGAAAAAAGAAAAAACAACCAACCUUAACCUAACCCUCAUCAAAGACAAUCCCCAGACUACCCAGCUCCCUAUAGAAAGGAAUGAACUUAAUCAUGCUGCUUCUGACAAAUAACCAAUGCAUUUUUAGCAUGUGCACAUUUUAUAUAACUUCAUAUAAGUAUAUGUUGUCUCGCAUCACAGUACAGGAACAUUUUUGUGUCUCUAUAUCACUCGAAUUAAUCCACCCUCAUUGGCCUCAACUGACUGAAGCUCUGUCAAUGCUUGUUAAGGACCUCACAACACUGCUAUAAUUUUUUUUUUUUUUUUUAAACCCCCUAAACCAGGUCAGGGCGAUUGAAAGGUGACUCUUCUUUUAGAGUAUUGGCCUGUAGGUAUUUGUUGGUAAAAUAAGGUGAAAGACAAUUUAUAUUAAUUCAAAAGUAAAAUUAUUUUGGUAUCACUAAAUAUAAAUCUCUCUCAAUAUAAAAACUCUGCUAGAGAAAUUUAAGAAGUUGGCACUUUGCUCAAUGGCACAUCAGCAGGAUGUAGUGACAGUGGAGAGAGCAACAUACGGUUUGCAAAUCUCUGGAAUUCAGUUGCACGUUUCCGCACUUGGGUAGAGACUCAAACUGUCCAAUACAAACUUUCUCUGAUAACUAUUACAAAAACCUUUUACACAUAUGGUAUAUGUAUUUGUAAUUCUGCUGAGAUAGUCCAAAUAAGUCCACCGAUACUGGCUCAGUAUUGCAAUUAGCACAGCGCUGGGACAGAUCAACUGUAAAGAAUGUAAACACUCUGUCAGGGAAUAGAUGUAAAAUACUGUAUUAAUAUAGUCCAAAAGUAUAUUUUAAUUAAUCAUAAAAAAUGAUAGUCAAUAUGUUAAUGUUAUAAUCACAUGAAUGUGUUAAUAUCUCAUCAGGCAAGCAGUUCAUUUGUCUUUGCCGAAUGUCUUAUUCUGUGUGACUCAACAACCAGCCAAUACUUUCAGUGUUUCACUCAGUUCCAAGUUCAGAUUAAACAAAAGCUACUUGUUGUGAUAGUAUCUAAAUAUUUGGGGCAAUAAAGAUUGUAAGUUUCAAGUUUGUUUUAUUAAGGGUACAGAUUAAUAUGAGUUAAACAGUCUGGAGGGAGCUGGGAGUUGAGAGUUAAAAAAAAAGAAAAAAAAUAUGAUAUAAUGUGUAAAUUUAGUGAUAGAAUGGACUGAAACUAAUUAUCUCGUAACGUUCUACAACCUUGAUUCAUAACAACCUGGGCCCCUGUGUAAACAUUUCACAAAGUGGUGAACCCCAUCCUAUCCUUGCUUUUUAGUUAUUGAGUCUUUUCAAGGAUGCUCCUUUCAUACUCAGUCAUGAUACUAUCACCCAUUACCAAUGAACCUGUAAUGGGUGAUAGUAUCACCUGUGGGAUGUUCCAAACAGGUGUUUUUUUGAGCAGUACACAACUUCCCUAGUCUUUUGUUUCCCCUGUCCCUACAUGUCUGAAAUGAGUUGCUGGUAUCAAAUUCAGAAUAAGCAUAUAUUUACAAAAAUCAAUUAAGCAGAUGAGAUAAAACAUUAAAUAUACUGUCUUUGUACUGUUAUUUAUUUAGUAUAUGUCAAAAGGGUUAUCCAAUAAUCACAUUGUGUUUUAUUUAUGUUUUACACAGCGUCCCAACUCAUUUGGAAUCAAGGUUGCGGAAGUAAACACAUUUUGUUUAAAUCAACCAAAAAGAGGAAGUCAACAAAAUCUUUGUAAUAUCACCUCAUCUUGGGAUAAGUCAGUAUGAAUGAACUAAUGCUAAGAUGCCCAUUAGAAACUAGAAGCCGCUCUCUCAGUGCAACUCUCAGUCCUGUGAUCUGGCAGACGUGGCCUGCCAUGCCCCCACACAUAUCUUGAAUAGCUAAGACAGCUGAAAGCUACACACAAACAUACGCACAGGCAUACAGGCCGACAUGAGUACUCACACGCUAAGAGCCACUUUGAUACCAGACAUUAGUGCACAGGCCUUGCAUACAAACAAUACAGCACUUUCACACACUUUCGAGUGGGUGCACAAAACAGGAAAUCUGAUUUCAAAGUCGUGGCUCUUUUAUAAUACACAAGUUAACAAGAACAUUUUCACGUCAUGUUUGUCAUGUUUGACUGAGAAGAGUAUUGUGUCAAAAUGGUUUUAGCAUUUGUCUCACUGAAACAGAGCCCUGCUGCAAAAUUUUAUUUUAUUUUUCUAACUGUUCUCUUUGUCAGCCUGCUGCUCUCUAAUACUCGAGUGCAUUUCCCUUCUUGCUUUCAAUGGAAGCAAUAAGACAGACAUCAGAUUAUGCAAUAACCUGUUAUAAGGCACUUUAUGGAUGUGUCUGGACUGGCUGUGAUGGCAACUCUGUCUGUCCAAGGCACUGUUCAUUGCAACGAUUUACGUAACUACACUGUACUAAUGUAUCUCAGUUGAACUAAUGCAUGGACAUUAGAUUCAUAUAUCAACAUUAGACAGUAAUCUGCUUUGGAAAACCGUCAUAACUACUAACACUGUUAACCUGGCAGUGUUAGAAGUGAUACAGUAUUCUUGUUGUGUUAUAAAACUGUGAAUGUCAUGGAUUAAGGAAGUGCUACUUGCCACACACACACACACACACCACAGAUACACACUUGCCUUCUCAUUGUGUGCACAUCCCUCUGUAAAAAGGGUAUAUAUGUACAUCAAAAGUCUUCCUAUGGGGAAAAGCAAUACUGUGGAGUUGACCUGUCUGUGCGUGUACUUUUCUUACCAUGUACCUUUAACCCUGACAUUGCAUAACAAAUUAGUGGUUUCAUGUAGGGAUUGUGAUGCAUAACGUAUACUGUACAUUUGCAGCCAUGGUUCCCACUGUUUUCUUCUGUGAACUUUAGCUUGAUUUUUAUGUUUUCUGGAGUGAAGUCCAUUAACCUCAUCUCACACUUCUAAGAGAUUCUUUCUCAUCUCUAAUGUAUUUUACUGAUGUAAAACUUCUGACAAAGUGGGGGGGAAAAAACUCCCUAUCUAAAUGAGGCCAGCAAAGCAGAUGCAGGUAUGAGAGGAGGGUGUACAAGUGAUGUUCUGUUUUAAUGACGGACAGGUAUGUGACAGAUAAAAUAAUUCUACCUGAUUUAAUGCACGAAUGCAAUCUAUUUCUACUUAUGAAACAGUUGCUUUCUUAACCCCAUGGAAUAAUUGCACUGGGUUAUGAAACCACCAAAAGCAUUGGCUGUUUUAAAAAAAAUAUAUAUAUAUAUUUGAUUUAUUGAAUUUUUUUUAAUGAUCCCCCCCCCCCCCCACAUAAGCCCCCUUGUACAUUCUGGCCUGCCUUGUCUUUCUCCAAAAACACGUAUCUAUCCUGAACCUUACAUGAGUCUUGAGCUCAGCCAACUGCUGGCAGUGAUUGCUGCCAUACCGAAUAUGGCCUGUACAGUGUAGGAUGCUCCUCUGCAGUGGUGCAAUACAGCACAGUAGAAACAGUAUGACUGCCACCCAGUGGUAAAUAGCCAACACAUCAAAUAAUCUUCCCCCUAGUGGACGCUGGUGAAACAAAUCAAAAUACACUUGAUUCAGAGUGAAAUGAUGACUUAAUGUUAGCUAAAAUUAUAAUAAUAUUGCUGAAAAUAAUUGCUACAUUUUCCAUAGUUAAAAGAAUAUAUGAUUAUAAAUAGCAUUAAAAUUGCUUUAGGUAAUUCUACAAGUUAGAUUGUUUAUUAGCAUACAAUCCAAUUCUUUUGCACAUUGGGCAUUUUAUCUACACUUAAAAAUGGGUGAGAUGUAUGUAUAAGUUUACAUUAGAAGCAAUUUGUUCAAACAUGAAUCCUUUAUGAAAUCCCUCACAUAGUGAGUUCUCAGUGUUGCUGUUAUUAGUCACUAAAUUAACAGAGUGUUAGGAGUCUUAGUCUUAGGAGAGUUAGUAUUGCUCUUACUGCCAGAGCGGCUGAAACUCACACUGCCAAUCCAAGAGUCUCACGUCUGCUGUCGUUACAAGGACACACAGCUCACUUAGUACACGUACACUACUAAAACGUGUUGUUUUACUGUAUACUUCUGUAUUAGUGGCAUUUCAGUAGCUCUGUACCACUUCUGUAUUUCUAACAGCUGAAACUCACACUGCCAAGCCAAGUGUCUGACGUCUGGUCUCUGCUUCCCACAUUCCAAACAGGUCAAAAGACCACUGAUCUGAAGUCAGUGUAGUUCAGCAGAAAAGUAAAUUUCAUUACGAAUGGAUCUAGGAGGAUAAUCCAUUAAAUGAGAUGAAAUAUGAGUGAUACCUGAUAUUAACUCUGGCAGAACACAACUAUUUUUCCUUAUGAGAAUUACUGUUCAAAUUAUUGUUAGCAAAGACAAGCUAUGAUACAUACCGCAACAUAUUGUGUGUUAAUAUAUUACAUGCCUAGCAAACUGCCUCCUAUAACUCUGAAAGAGACUGUCUUACAGACCAAGGCUAGAUAGCUAGACAUUUGAAUUAUAUAAGCACAGGCUGGUACUGACCUCUCCACAUUUUCUCACUGCAUUUUAAAGAGUUUCAACAAUAUUUUUUAAUGCAUCCAGCAGCUGUAAGUGUAAUUCUAUCUUAAUCAAAAUAACAAAUUCAUGUCUGCACCCAAGGCCACUGACAUUAAGCAAAUUACAGUAUUUUAUAGUAAGUCGACAUCUUGCAGCAAAGUCCUGUGUUUUGCUUACAUCAGAACACUCCAUUCAACACACACCAAAUCUGCAACUUUCCUCUGAAUGUUCAGCUGUCUAUCUGCAUUUGUGAUCGUGUUGCUCAUGCUCCCUUCAUGACUAUGCACCUCAAACUUUUGACUUGUUAAAAAAAAAAUACAUACCAGAAAUAAAAUGUUCAUUGAAGUUCCCAGAGCA